AAAAAAGCGAUUGCAACAAUUCAGAAAAUGGUGUAAAACUAACGAAAAGGAACGCAUUAUCGACACUGGAAAUGAGUUUCUGAAGUGGUCGUAGAACUAAAUAAAAUAUGAUGCGAUAACCGUCUCAACGUGUUUUAGUAAAGCGUACCUAUUUUAUAGUAAAAUGAAAUGCGUGAGAUUUGACAUGUUAGGUUUUAAGAUCUUCCUUCUUUUCUUGAUACCAUUAACUGAACAGUCGUACAACAGGCGAGCUCCACCAAAAACGAAAAUCACCAAACCCUUGACAAUGCCAGACACUAUUGACUCAAACUUGGCUAAUCAAUUGAAAGUCCCAAACAGGGCAUUCUGCCAGAAGAUGGCCCUAAGCGACGCCGAUUUCUUUAUGGCAAUGCCGUGGUGGUACCACUAUUGUGAACGUCUGAAAGAAGAAGAAGAUAGCAAUACGAAAAAUAAGGCAAGAUUCCUCAGGCCUUACCAGAACCUCUUGCGUAAGGUACAGGAUUAUAAAAAAAGGCAUAAAAUUUGGAACGAAGUAGCAUCUGUUUUACGACCUUCAAGAUUAUAAAUAAAAAAAGGAAAAGUAUCGAUAAAACGA